AAUUCCUUGAAUGGGUUUACUUUUAGAAUGUGCAAGGGGCUAAAGGACUAGCUAGCUAAGCCUGGCUGUGAGAACGGAUAGACCUGUGUGCCUGUCUGCACGUGAGAGGGGUCAGUGGGGGAGAGACACGCGGUGUGUGUGAGGGAAGCAGCCCUGUGUGUGCUGUGCCUGUGAAAAGAAAUAGCCCGCGGGGAGGGGAUAGAGCUGUGUGGGGAGGAAGGGAGAAAAGAUCUGUGCGUGGGAGAGAAGGGAAUAGCCCUAUAGGCUGUGUGUGGGUGUGUAAGGGGACGGGGAGGGGGCCAGCCCUGUGUAGGGAAGAAGAAGAGGAAUAGCCCAGUGUGUGUGUGGCAGGGACAGACCGCGCAGUUCUGGCGGGGCUGGGAGACCCUCUCUCGGGGUGUCUCUGGGAGCUGGCAGCCGGUCGUGGCUCCUCCGCUGAGCCUUGUCCCAUCCGCUUUGUGACUUCACUGGCUCCGUAACAGAGCCCGCUCCUCCUCCCCGCCCGCCCGCUCGCUCCUGCUGCCCAGCGCCUCCCGUGCCCGGCCGGGGUGGGCUGCGGCCGCGCAUCCCCCGGGGCAGGAUGCUGUGUUUCAUGCCGGGGGUGGCCUUCAUCCCCGCGCUGCUCGUCUGCUGGUCCUCGGCCGCCUUCAUCAUCUCCUAUGUGAUCGCCGUGCUAGGGGGGCACGUGGAGCCGCUCGUCCCCUACAUCAGUGACACAGGAACAAAACCUCCAGAAAGUGGCAUCUUUGGGUUUAUGAUUAAUAUUUCAGCAUUUUUAGGUGCAGCUACAAUGUACAUCAGAUAUUUAAUAAUAGAGAAGCAAAAUGAAUCAUCAAAUUUUAUGAGUCCUUCAUGUAACUUAAUUGCAUUAUGUAUUGGAUUUCUGGGCUGUAUUGGAAUGGGCAUUGUUGCAAAUUUUCAGGAGUUAUCUGUUCCCAGCGUCCAUGAUGGAGGAGCUCUUGUGGCUUUUGGCUCUGGUGUUGUUUACAUUGCACUUCAGUCUGUCAUCUCUUUCAAGUCAUGUCCACAAUGGAACAGUCACUGUACAUGUUAUAUCAGGAUGGCCAUCUCUAUAGUGUCAUGCAUAGCUGUCAUUCCCAUGAUUGCAUGUGCAUCAUUAAUUUCCAUAACAAAAGUUGACUGGAUUCCAGGUGAAAAGGAUUAUACUUAUCAUUUUGUGAGUGCAAUCUGCGAAUGGACAGUGGCCUUUGGUUUUAUCUUCUUCUUCUUAACCUUCAUUAGAGAUUUUCAGGGAGUUACCUUAAGGAUAUUAACAGAAAUGCAUGAAGACUUCUGAUAAUAGAGAAAUUAUAUUUUUAUCAAUGAACAUUGUAGGAUUUUUUUUAUUAAAGAAAAUGUUGCAGUGAAACGAGGGAUUUCAAUGCUGAUAUGACAUGAAGCCACUGCAUCAACUCUGCAAUCUGCAUGAUCCUAUCCAAGGACACCUUUUUAAUACUAACAUUUCUAAAUGCACUUUUCUCCUGAAUGGGCUCUCUUUAGUCUGCAUCCUUGCAAUAUUUUGUAAUUUUUAAUACUGUUUGAUCAUUUUAAAAAAGGUACCAAAAGGUGACCUGUAAAAGCACUUUCAAAGUCUGUCAAAGUGUACAACAGAGGCUCCUCAACUUUUCACUUUAGAGCACAUGCUGUUUUUUCUAUUAAUAGUAGUCUGAUUAAUGGAAGUAGUCUUAAACUGAAAAGGAAAAUACGGUUUUCAUAUUAUUUGCAAAGUGUCAAGAAAGUGAACAAAAUUAAAUCAGUUUAAUUUUAAUUAGCAUGUUAGAUUGUGCUUUUCUCCCACAUUUUGAAUAUUCUUUUGUCCAGGUCUAUGCCCUGUUAAGUUGCAAGACACUGGGUAGGAGGAAGAGAGGUUGUGAGCAGACACGGGUAACUUUGUUCCAAGGCCUACAGUUUUGUGGUUUACUGGAUUUACUGUCAAGCUAAUGGGUACAUUAUAAAUAUCCUAUAUGGAAGUCUAGACAUUAGUAUUGCUUGAAAAGUGUUUUCUGCUCAUCAGUUUCUGGGGUUUUGUGAGAACAUGCCCAUUUCUUCUUCCCUGUAGAAAGCUAAAAGCUCAUUUUAAUGGUGGCUACUGGGUAGCUUAAACUGAAGAAUGUAAUGGGAAGGCACGGGAUAAUAAAAUACUACUUUUCAGAAACAGUCAGAGGGAAAUUGGAUGGUCUGACAUCUUAAUGCUGUUUGACUAACAUGGACAAGGUCUUCCAGCAUAUCUUUCUAACCAAUGACAGCAGAAGGAGAGCCUACCCUAGAGUCAUCAAAAAGAGAACUGAAAAGGGAGGAGAGGAGCCACUUGUAGUUAUAUAAAGGAACUGACUAUCAUUACUGGAGGGCAUCUAAGAUCGGGAUAGGCUGUGGCAUAUGCUGCUAAAAAUUUUUUACUAUAAAUCUUUUUAUACCUUGUUUUUUAAAGAAACUAUUACUACAUUUGAAGAGUCUGGGAUGGAAGUUUGUUAUAAUAAUUGAAGAGUCUGCCAUAUUUCAACUAACCAGGACUUAGCACUUGCUAGUAUCUGGAGGCAGAAAUAUUCUUCAUGGACUAUAGAGAAAAGACAAAAUUUAAUUGGAUCCAUACAGGGUACUAACCACUGAGCUAUAAGGCUAGUUCAGCAAAAAUUGUACUUUCCAUGGCAUAUCACAAUCAUUUGCAGAAAUACUGGUGAUUGUCAUUAGGGGUUAAUUUUAUAUUAAAUAUCAUGUACACUAUCAGUAAAGAGUGAUGUCUAAGACUUGCCAGCUGCUAAUGCAUCCUUUGAUAUGUAUAUUAAACUUAAAGCCAAAUUCAGUUGAGUCUUCAUUUCUUUUAUUAAUAAUUCGGAAAAAAACCCUACAAAGUUUCCUUUUAAGAUUCCGCACAGCCAAAAUAGUGUGACUUUUUUUCUGCUUGACAGCACUGGCGGCUUUGCUAUCUGUAGUGUUCUGCCUUGAAUUUGAAAGUGUAACCAUGACGCCUCCUGUUGAAAACCU